GGAAAAACAAAACCAGCAGCAGGAGGCGGAGCUGACAACUGGAUCAAGCACAUCUGGAGCCCACUUAGCAGAACAAAAGCCCACUUAGCAGGAACACGACUUCACUCUACAUGUGCGGUGACACGGUCAAGAGCACCACUUCCGACUGCCACGUCGUCGCUUGGUCGAUUCCAUCUGCGGGCAAGAAGGACCAGCACGAGCCCGUCCUUAGCUUGACGACUGAGCUGCUUAACUUCAAGAUCGAGAAGGAUCGAGGCAAAGCACCUGCUCGCCACCGGUGGGGACGACGGACAUAUUGCUCUCUACGACAUCAGGACUUGGCAGAUUGCGCAGACCAUCGACACCAACCAGGAGGGUGGCUCGGCCGCGAGGUGAAGCGCAUUGCUUUCGACCACUCGGGCACGAUGCUCGCUGCCCCGUGCGUGACGGGCGACGUGCUCGUGUACGACGUCGGCCAACCCCAGGCGAAGCAGGUCGCUCAGCUCGCUGGCCACGAGGAAGACUGCGUCUUCGGCGUCGCGUGGGGCGUCGAGGACCCUGGGACCGACAAGGCGAAGAGGGUGCUUGUCUCCGCGUCGCACGACGCCACGAGCCACGUGUGGGUCGAAAAGGACAAGCCUUCGAAGUAGUUCGACUCCUGAUUUGCUCCCCUCGGCGAGGAGGCGGAAAUCGAGGCUCCAGGCUCUUGCCCACGUGGGUGGUUUGUAUCAUUCUUAUGAUCUCUCUCAUGCCCGUCAUCAGCAUUCCUGUUACAAGGGCUGUAUAUUAGGGUCGGCGCCGACGAUGACGGCGCCACAGCCAUGAAGCGCUAUGGACAUCGCAAGUAAAACAGUCUCGCGGAAGGCUCGUGCAUGUUUAGGUGCUCGUCUCCGCCAAAGUAGUGGUUAGGCUAGCCAGUGCGAUGUCAUGGCGUGUUUCUUUUGUCACUAGGGGAGGGACAACUAUUUACAUGUGUAAACCCGCGAUGUCGCCUUCUGCGCAUCCUUGCUAGCAGCGUCCAGCAUUCUUGGUCCGAGCGAGGGGCUUCAUAAUGACCCGUUGUGUGCUCCACGGUCUCGCCGAUAGCAUUGCAGGGUAUUUCUUGGUGCCAACAUGUACAUACAUCCAGCAUCUGCUGUUUCAUAAUAUUUCUUGGAAAGUCACGGGACGAUCCUGGACAUAACGCCCAACGUUGCGCACGAGCAUGUGCAAUUGCGUUCAGUGAAGGCGUCGGUUUCUAUUUGCGUCGCCGUUGUUGCCAAUGCAUGCGGCCUCUUCCCGCACUACUACUCACAGCCAUCCGUCCGACGUCGUGUAUCCGCAGUGCGCGGCCCCCGGGCCUCUCGACACCCUCCAGAGAACUGCUCUUUCGUCCCAGAUCGUGCUCUGACGGUCCUGGAGCCCGACGCGUUCCUGUGCCGAACCCCGGGGAAGGCGCCGGCGGCACUGGAAGAAUUGCAGGGUUCAGCCGGAGGGCUGGGUCGCGCACCCCAAGCGCCCGCGACAAGGUGUGUUCGAGUUUCCGUUGUCGAGCACGCCUCCAGUGAUCACGUCUGGGUGCAAGCGCAAGAGCAGCCCCAGAGGAGGACG